UCAACUCCUCUCACCAGCUCAACCCCACUCAGCCCCAGACUCCACCAUGACCGGCUCCUGCUGUGGCUCCAUCUCCUCCUCCCUGGGCUGUGGCGGAGGCUGCUACCAGCCCUGCUGCUACCGCGACCCCUGCGGCUGCCGCCCCGUGUCCUGCCAGACCACCGUGUGCCGCCCUGUGACCUGUGUGCCCCGCUGCACGCGCUCCAUCUGGGAGCCCUGCCGCCGCCCAGUCUGCUGCGACCCGUGCAGCCUGCAGGACGGCUGCUGCCGCCCCAUCACCUGCUGCCCCACGUCCUGCCGGGCCGUGGUCCGCCGCCCCCGCUGCUGGGCCACCACCUGCUGCCAGCCCAUCUCUGUGCCGUCCCCAUGCUGCCGCCCCCGCUGCUGCCAGCCCGCCCCCUGCCGCACCACCUGCAGGACCUACCCGUGCUGCUGAGCAGCCCAUGAAGGAAAUCUUCCCAGGUGUCCAGAAACAUGUGUAAGCUCGUCCCACCCCUCAUGGAUCGGAUGAGAGACAACACGUUUGCAACCUACCUGCCUUCAACAAUUAACUCAGCAGUAAUGGUUUAUGCCUUUCCCCACGUGAUUAUGCAGCUAAUCCUGGCUCUCUUUGACAAUCUUUAGAAAAAUACCAGCUUUCAUCAUUUGAAUUCCUGGCUUGAAAAAAAAAAUGAGUAAACAAAGAUCAAAAUCUCUCUUGAA